UCUAGAUAAAGAAGUAUAAAAGAUAAACGCAAGCACCUAUCAAUAACAUUUGGAGUUAAAAACGGUAAGAGGUGUGCUAUUAGUGGAAAUUGCUGAUCUCUCAAUCAAAAGUGAUUUUUUAAACUUUGUUCAAUUUAAUGGACUAUGGUCACACUUCACGGUUAUUGUAAAGAGAGAUAGAAAAGUUAAAGCAAAAUCUUAUUAUUUGAAGAUCAAGAUGCCUACUUAUUUUGAAGGUGAUAUUGUCAUUGCGGGCAUUUCAGGCCGUCUGCCUGAAUCAUCAAACAUUGAAGAAUUUAAGGAAAAUUUAAUGAAAGGGACAGACAUGGUCACUGAGGACGAGCGACGUUGGAAACCGGGCCUUUACGGUUCACCUUCUAGAUUUGGCAAACUUAAAAAUCUUCACAGUUUCGACGCUUCUUUCUUCAAGAUAUCUCCUAAACAAGCACAUGUAAUGGAUCCGCAACUUCGCAUUAUGUUAGAAGUGACACAUGAAGCAUUGAUUGACGCUGGUGUCAAUCCUUCCACCUUGAAAAAAUCGCGUACCGGAGUGUUCAUUGGUGUUUCCGCUUCCGAUGCGAAUGAUUUUUGGAAAAGCAAGCCGGACGGAUAUGAAUGGCUCGGAAGUAGCAUAGCAAUGAUGGCAAACAGAAUCUCUUAUACCUUCGAUUUAAUUGGACCCAGCUUUUCGGUGGAUACACUUUGUUCUUCAUCUUUGACUGCUAUGCAUCAGGCAGUCGUGGCGAUACGCACUGGUGAUUGCGACGCAGCGAUCAUUGGCGGAUUGAAUAUUGUGCUUAAUCCGGUUCACUAUCUUCAUUAUCAUAAAAAAAAUAUGCUAUCCACAGAAGGUAAAUGUAAAUCAUUCGACAUCUCAGCUGACGGUUACGUGAAAGCCGAAGCAGUGGUUGCAAUAUACCUGCAGAAAAUGACAGACGCGCGCAGAGUAUAUGCUACAGUAAUGAACACAACGAUAAACGCGGACGGCUACAAGCCCGAAGGUAUCAUGUAUCCGAAUGGUGACAUUCAGUACCUGAUGUUGCAGAAAAUAUACAAUGAGGUAAAUAUUGAUCCCAAAGACAUAGUUUACGUGGAGGCGCAUGGUAGCGGUACCAGAGCGGGUGAUCCGGAGGAGCUCGGUGCCAUCGAUAGGUUGUUUUGCAAAGACAGAAAGACACCGCUGUUAAUCGGCUCGGUUUAA